AUGAGGGAGGAGGAGUCCAAUUGGUUUGCCCGAUGGGAGGAGGAGCUCCCCACCCCGGAGGAGCUCAUGCCGAUCUCUCAAUCCCUAAUUACCCCGGACCUUGCCCAGGCAUUCGACAUCUCCACCACACCCACCAGCCCCUCUAGUCCCACAGCCCUCGCCGACAACCCUAACCAGGCCUCACAUCACCACCCGCAGCAGCCGUCGACAUCUCCCCACCUCCUAUCCGCCCUCCACCUUCACCAGGAGACUCAAUCCCUGCAGCCCUCCGCUCACCAGCCGCCGCCGGACUUCGACUCGCAGGAGAUGGGCGGCGCCGGAGCCGGCAGCGGCGGCAUGAACCCGGGGGAGGAGCCGGCUCGCACUCUGAAGAGGCCGCGGCUGGUGUGGACGCCGCAGCUGCACAAGCGGUUCGUCGACGCCGUCGCUCAUCUGGGGAUCAAGAAUGCCGUCCCCAAGACCAUAAUGCAGCUGAUGAACGUGGAGGGCCUCACCAGGGAGAACGUCGCCAGCCACCUCCAGAAGUAUCGACUCUACCUCAAGCGGAUGCAGAGCCUCUCCUCCCCCGGCGGCGCCACCGGGCCUGGCAGCCACGUCUCGGCCGUCGACGCUGCCACGGACCGCCUCUUCGCCAGCGCCCCCGUGCCGCGCCACUUCCUUAGCCGCGCUCCGCCCGCCGGCGUGAUGGUGCCUGGGGGAGGAGUCUGUGCCCCCGACCACCAGCUCAUGCCAUUUGUGCCCGUUUCGGCCCUGCAGCACCACCAGCAGAUGGCCGCCGUCGCCGCCGCCGCCGCCGCCGCUCACCAGCAGCAGCAGUACUACCAUCAGAGGCACAUGGGCCACCUGGGUUCUCCCCGCGGCGGAGGCUUCGAGCACGGCUACCUCUCGCGGCCGCCGCAGCCUCCUGGAGUCCCCCAGAUGAUAGUUGCUCCCGGGGGAGCCUCGAUCGCGCCUUCUCCUCGGGGGACAUCAUACGCAGAGGGCUCCGAUUCCGGGGCAGCUUCAGGAGGGGGAGGGAGGAGGAUGCUGACGCUUUUUCCAACUGGUGAUGAUUGA